CACCGUCUCGCAGGUUUCCUACCAUGUCCUCCCCAACCUCUCAAACUACGAUUAUUCCUCACAGCCAGAAACCUCUUGUAACGAGGCAAUAUCCAUCUGUAACUGAGGUCGAUAGCCUGAUCGGCAGAGCAUCUGAGGCUCAAAAAGCAUGGAGUCGUGUCCCAUUGAAAGAGCGCAUUGCUAUCGGAACAAGAUUCAUGGAGGAGUUUCAGAAAAUGGGCGAUGAGAUCCCUCUCGAGCUGACGAUGCAGAUGGGCCGGCCCGUAUCCCAGUCUCCUGGAGAGAUACGAGGGUUCCUUGAGCGUGCAAAAUACAUGAUUUCCAUCGCAGAAUCAUCCCUCGCAGAUGUGGACCUCAAGGAAACAGACAAGCCAGGUUUCCGUCGGUUCAUCCGUCGCACACCGCUCGGAGUCGUGCUUGUCAUUGCCCCCUGGAACUUCCCCUAUCUCGUUUCUAUCAAUGCAGUCCUGCCUGCUAUCCUUGCAGGAAACGCUGUUCUUCUCAAGCCAUCUCCACAGACCCCACUCACAGCGGAACGUUUUGCACUGGCACUCACUCGCGCAGGGGUGCCUGCGGAUGUUAUCCAAGUGCUCCAUCUGUCUCCUGAGCUUGUCGUGCGCGCUGUUCAGCAUCCCCUUGUCGACUUCGUCUCGUUCACCGGAAGCGUAGUCGGUGGACAAGCCGUGGAGAAGGCUGCUGUCGAUGCGGAGGGUUUCAAGGGUGUUGGACUUGAGUUGGGAGGUAAAGAUCCAGCGUAUGUCCGAGCUGAUGCAGAUCUAGAUUACACAGCCGCUGAGCUGGUAGAUGGCGCUUUCUUCAAUUCCGGACAGAGCUGUUGCUCGAUUGAGCGAAUUUACGUUCACGAAUCUAUCUACGAUGCCUUUGUUCCUAAAGUCGUGGAUAUCGUCAAGAAAUACAAACUGGGUGAUCCCACAAAGCCUGAGAUCACCCUUGGACCUGUAGUCAGUCUUGCUAGUGCAGAGCGAAUCCGUAAGCAGAUUGCGGAUGCUGUGAAAGCAGGAGCCAAGGCUCUCAUCCCGGAAGAGUUGUUUUCUACCCCAGAAUUUGAUGUCGCUGGCACGACAUAUGUGGUGCCACAGGUGCUCGUUGACGUUGAUCAUUCCAUGGAGGUCAUGAUGGAGGAGACGUUCGGUCCAGUUGUGGGCAUCCAAAAGGUUGCCUCUGACGAGGAAGCAAUUCGCCUGAUGAACGACUCGCCAUACGGUCUCACAGCUUCUAUUUGGACCAACGCAGAGAAAAACCCAGAGUCGCAGGACGCAUUCUUGAAGUUGGCAGACGAGAUUUCCACUGGGACUGUUUUUCUCAAUAGGUGCGACUAUUUGGACCCUGCCCUAGCAUGGACGGGUGUCAAGAAUAGUGGACGUGGGAUCUCUUUGAGCAAGUUUGGUUAUGACCAGCUCACACGCGCGAAGUCAAUCCACAUGAAGAUCAAGACAUCAUGAAUGACCAGGAAGAGAUAAGAUGCAUCAUAUCUAUAUGUAGACAGUAUGUAUGCUAGUCAAUGGAGAGAUGAAGCAAACAUCGGUCGUGCUCGGUAGAUGUGAAGAU